UCCACACCCGAGAAGCCAACAGUAGUUUUUAUUAUUCGUAGCAACAGGUGCUAACAAUGCCCGCCGAAAGACGAUGACACCUCGCCCGUGUUCGAGACAGUUUGACAUGAGAUUUCAACAGCUGUGUUUCAUUGUAUUGUUCUCAAGUGAACUGAUUAGGAACGCUAACACGUCUAUAGCAGGUGUUUCUUACAGAGACGAUUUUGAUUUUGAAGAAAGAUAUAGAAAGUUUAAGCCCCAAGAGGGCCCACCAGUAUUUUGGUAUCUAGGUAAUGUGCCUAUAAUGCCACAGCCACAGAUAAUGCCAGAGCCUCCGAUUAUGCUACAGCCACAGAUAAUGCCAGAAGUGGCAAAAAUGAUGCAACAAAUAAUGCCGCAAAUGAUGCCUCAAAUGAUGCCACAGAUGAUGCCACAAUCAGAGGUAAUGAUGCCGCAAUUGAUGCCACAGAUAAUGUCACAGCCGCAGAUUAUGCCACAUGUAAUGCCACAAACAAUACCACACAUGAUGACACAUAUGAUGCCACACAUGAUGCCACACGUGAUGCCACACAUUAUGCCACAGACGAUGCCACAAAUAGCUCUAGGAAUGCAUAAGAUCCCUACCACUCAAAACAUGCAGUCGCCAUUCGAAGCACUGUAUGAAUCAUUUAAGAGAGAUAUAUCACAGAAACCUGUGGCUCCUGCACUAAGAAUGACCAAGGAAUUAGGAAAUGUUCAUGUAUACCAUCAACCUGUGUCCUACGAGGUGAUGAAAAUGAUUCAAAAGUUAUCCAACGCAUAUUUACCUGCUAUGGCAUAGUAUUUUUUGCCUUGUAGUGAAAAAUAUGUAUUUUUCAGUAGAUUUUUCAUUAUUAAAUUUUACAUCUGUAACUAACAAAUACUUUUGUAGUAAAGAGCUAGUG